CUCGACCAAGCCACCACCCAAGGAGUAGGAAGCUCUGCAAAAACUCCAUUUUCAUCCACCAUUCACGCACAAAGCAAGGGGAGGAAGAAGGAAGGAAAAAGAAGAAGAGAAAGGAGGGAAUUAAGAGGAAAACUUGUGGUUAACAAGGUAUUCCAAGAACUUUCACGGGGUCGAAAAGGUCGCCGGAGUUGUCGCCGGAGUUAGUUGAAGUUCACCGGAGUUUCACCGGAGCUCAAUAAGGAAGGCUAGAACUUCAUAAGCUUCUUUUAAGGUUGAGGCUAGAGUCCUACUCCUGCACCUUUGCCCAGGGUGAUCAUCGAAUAAGGAAGACGUGAAAUGGAGGGUAGAGGCAUGGCUACGAGGAACAACCCGAGAGGGCAAACUCCGGUGACGUCCGAAGGGGCUAGCCAGGUUGCAUCUCGGGGCGCGAGAGGCGGUAGGAGAGGCCGUGGAGGCCGUGGAGGCCGGGGAGGCCGUCGGGCUCAAACCGUGAGCGAUGGCCAUGUUAGCUCGGUGCACGGAACUCACACCGAGGAUUAUGACUCUACAUAUGUUCCCGAGACGGAACAUGAGGAGACCCCAUAUGAUGGGGGUGAUACGUAUACUGAUGAUGACAACGAUGAGAGUGAUGCCAGAUUCGCCCAGAUGGGUGAACUGUUUGAGUGGUAUCAAAAGGAGAAGUUGAGGAGAGAUCUCAGGCGCCAAGCCAGGCGCGCACCUCAGGGAGGUUCGGGUCAGGGAAGUCAAGGGGCUUCAGUGGCCAUUCCUGUGGUGUCACAGGGAAUGCAGGGAGGAGGCUUUUGUGUAAGAGUCUCCAAAUACCUCAAGGAGGCUAGGGCCUUGGGGUGCAAGUCCUUUGAUG